UCGAACAGGAUGUGACGUCAAAUCCUCUAAAAGAAAAAGAAACAGAAGAUUCGUGUUGUUUCCGGAUACUUCGAUGCUUAUCACAUCAGCUCGAUUCAGUGUCCCUCAUCCUGACAGAAGUGCACCAAACACAGAGCAGUUGCCUCUGCCAGUUAAAACACAAGCUAUUGAAGUUGCUGGCCCUCUGAAGUCAUGGUGGACUAUUACCAGAUUCUAGGAGUGCAGAAAACGGCAUCUCCAGAUGACAUCAAAAAAGCUUACAGGAAACUAGCUCUCAGGUGGCAUCCAGAUAAGAACCCGGAUAAUAAGGAGGAGGCAGAACAUAAGUUUAAAGAGCUUUCAGAGGCAUAUGAAGUCCUUUCAGAUGCAAACAAAAGGAACAUAUACGAUCGAUAUGGCAAAGAGGGCUUAGCAGGAAGCGGAGGAGGAGGAGGAGGAGGUCAUUAUAAUGGUGACCACUUUGGAGGAUUCACAUUCCGCAAUCCAGAAGAUGUCUUCAGGGAAUUCUUUGGUGGACGUGAUCCAUUUGCAGACUUCUUUGGGGGAGAUCCAUUUGCUGAUGACUUCUUUGGUGGUGGUCGUAGACAUCAGCGGGAUAUGAGCAGAAGCCGGACAAGCGGGUCGUUUUUUGGGGGCUUUGGUGGCUUCCCACCUUUUGGUGCUGGGUUUUCAUCUUUUAAUGCAGGUUUCAGCCCCUUUGGGCAUAUGGGAGGAGGUGGCUUUACCUCCUUCUCCUCAAGCUCGAUAGGUGGAGGGGGAGGCGGUGGAGGGAUGGGCAACUUCCGCUCUGUGUCAACCUCCACUAAAUUCAUCAAUGGCAGGAAAAUCACAACAAAAAGAAUCAUUGAGAAUGGACAGGAACGGAUAGAAGUGGAAGAAGAUGGACAGUUAAAAUCUCUAACCAUAAAUGGAAGAGCCCAGGAGAUAGACAUGCCUGAGGGUCACAGACAGAGGAGAGAGCUCCCUGACUCCUCAACCUCCUCACAUUCUGCAAGGCAGUCAGCUCAGAGAGAGGAGCAAAAUAAAACCACAGGCAAAGAGCAAGCUGGAGUCAAGAGGAAGAGAUUGACUGUGAAUGGAGAGACCAAAAAGGCCAAAGAAUCCUAAAUUUGGCUCUAUAUCUGUACUGAUAGUCUAAAUUCUGAUAUAUUGUAGCUGUGGAUAUUCUCUGUUGAGGUUGGAUCAACAUUAUAGCAUUUUUAUGUUUUUUUGUUUGUUUUUGUUUUUUAUUGCAGAGUUGACUGAAAUGUAUCAAAUUUUCCCAUGGCACUACAAAUCAAUAAUGAUUGAAAAUAAAUGAUCACUGUCUGAACUGUGACAUAUACCUAAAUAAAAAAGGCAAUGGAGUGUUAAUGUGGAACCGAACAUAUGUCAUUAACAUGAUCAAUACUUAUUUUAUUAAUACAUUGACACAGAAUCAGAGUGUACAGUGUUUUUUCUGUAAUAAAGAAUCUCUUGCCUUUGGAGGAAUUUAGAGUACAGAAGAAGACCAAACUGUCUUUGGUAACAUUUAAGAGUUUAACACAUAGGAGCACAAUUACUGUAGAAGCCUGCAAUUUGGUUGUAGCCUUGAUGUACAGAAGCAAGUUAAUACUGAGAAAUAUUAGCCACAUCAUAUAGUAGUGAGUUGUUCAUAGAAAUGUUCCAAGGGACAUCUUGAAAACUGGACAACGUUUUCCACCAGUUUAUGACUGCAAGCUCAUUUCUUUCUGGCAGUAACUAUCCUGAGUAGAGGACCCCAUUUGCUCCUGGUGAGAAGUUUUUCCUUCAACUCUCGGAGCUGAUCUCCAUCUUCUGCACUAUGAGCUUCAGCAGGUUGUGUUGUUUUUCCAGUCUCUGACGACAUCUUCAUCCUGGUAAAUCACAUCACAUGGUCUGGCAUGAAGAACCUCUGGGAUUAAUGCUGGGCAUAAAUUGUAUGAAUUUAAAUUCAAAUGCAUACCAUCAUAACUAGAUGACAAAUUUUGCUAAAGCAGUUCAGCUGGACAGAACUGCAAUUUUUGAGAAGCUGUGAAGCAAUUUCUCAGGUUGGUGUUACCUGCAUUUCUGUUUGGUUAGCUCCUGUUCCAGUGGAGUUGACUGUUGUGUGGCGGGGAGGCGGGUCCUGACCCUCCGAACAUCAUUGCCACAAAAAAAAAAACACCUUUUCUGUACACAAGCACAUUGAAUCUGCACAUUUAGAUCUGAUGGAAAAUGUCAGUGUUUUCAAGUUGGAAAAAAAUAAAAGCUUUACUUUGACAACAAA